CGCCUAUUUCCUUCGCUCCAUAGAUGCUGCCGCACCCGCUGAGUUUCUCCAGCACUUUUGUCUAUCUCAUAUCAACACUUAGUUACGCGACGGUUAACCUUUAGUUUAGUUCUUGUGUGAGUUUUGUUCUCCCCCAGUUAGGCACCGUGCCAACCUUGUGGUGACGCGGUGUUUAGAAGUUGAACCAGAAAGAGAUCGGAUCGCAGCGUCCCCCCUGAAUCGCUUCCAGUCAUAGCCUGAGCGCAAGGAUUCGCGAAGCUGAGAACAAAUGCGGAUCUGAGUCAGCCAGCGCCGAGUGAACCAGCCGAUUUGGAACGUGCUCCAUUCCUCGGUCCACACUUCCACCUCCGGACUACUGGGAAUAAUAUGAGCAAAGAGACACCAGGGUGUAGUAGAGAGAGUCGGGAGCGGCAGCCGCCAUGCAGGCACUGAGAGCCAUCAGUCUGCUGCACUCUCUGCUGCGAGUCCUUUGGGUUUUCCAGAGCAAUGUCCUGAGCGCAGGGGCUGAGCACGUUAUAGACGAUGCGGUGGGAGACCUCCUCUUCCUGAUGGACAGCUCUGGAAGUAUCUUGCCUUAUGAAUUCACUGGGUUGAAGGAGUUUGUUGUUGACUUACUGAAGCCAUUCACCAUUGGCCCAAAGGAUGUGCAGAUCAGCUUUGUGCAAGUCAGCGAUGACCCCGUAGUGGAAUUUGAAUUUGAUCAGUAUACGUCAAACCCUGCUAUGCAGUGGGCCCUCCUCAACAUGAAGCAGAAACUUGGAGAUACCAACACUGGCAAGGCGUUGAUGCAUGCCAAAGACACCAUGUUCACAGCGAAGGCAGGAGGCAGACCAGAUGUCCCAAAGGUCCUGGUCUGGCUGACCGAUGGGGUGUCAUCGGAUGACAUAUCAAAGCCCAUCCAGCUCCUGAAGGACCUUGGGGUUACAGUUUUCAUUGUUAGCACAGGCAGGGGAAACUACAUUGAGUUGAAGGCUGCUGCUAGUAAACCAACAGAAAAUCGCCUGUAUUAUGUGGACACUGACGAUAUGUAUGUUAUUUUGGAGGAGCUGCGGAAUGAAAUUCUAGAGAUUAUCCGGGUGAGAAAGUUGAGAGCGUUAGACAUCACAGCAAGCAGCUUCCGCUUGCUCUGGCCCAGGCUGCUAAGCAGCAACACCGGCUACUAUUUGAUCGAGUACAGUCCGGACACAGAUUCCCAGAAGAAGUCGUGGAAGACAGUCACUGCAGAUGAAACAAGCGUGGUCCUGAGACAGCUGCUUCCAGAGACCACCUACAAAGUGAAACUCACCCCAAUGAACUCCAACCACAACAAGCACCUUGCGACACAAGUAACUACAUUGGAAGAGGAGACCAGCCCGCAGGUGGUGCUAAUUUCCGAGUCGCAGCCAAGGAGCUUCCAUGUCAGCUGGGCACCAACGCCAGCCGGCGUGGCUUCUUAUGAGGUUCUAUAUGGAAUCCUGCCGGGAGGCGAAACCAACCUGCUGACCGUCAGCGGCGACCAGAACACCACCGUAGUGGGCGGCUUGGAGCCCAACACCACCUACCUGGUCACCGUGUCAGCCGUGUACCAAUCGGGCAGGACAGAAGCACUGUCGGCCAAAGCUUGCACUCAACAUGUGGGCGACGAGGAUCGCAAACUGAAGCUGAUGAAUAUCAGUCCCACCGGCAUGGCGGCGUUGUGGGACCCUGCAAGAGGCAAGGUGCUGCACUACAGUAUACGGUGCACGCGGCAGAGAAAUAGUUUUUCACCUGACAACCAAUCGACCAAUUCAUUCUGCGCUCCAAAGUACCAGAGCUGCCAAAACGGAUGAAUAAUUCCUCAAGAUAAUGGAGAGCUGUGAAACUACAGGAGGAUUUGCAACAAAUUAAAAAAAAAAAAACCUCAUGAGAUGUUAAAAGCUAGCAUUCCUAAAAACCUCUUCACAGUUGACUUGUAGAAUUCGUUGAUGGGCAGUUAAAAUGGUGUAAAUCCCUGAUCUACUAUGAUUCCAGCCUCUGACAAAGCACAACGUUUCCCUCGUCAAGCGUGCUAAUCUGGAACAGUACUCGCUGUACAGAGUUUGUGGGAAAUUUCUGUCCCGGAGAUGCCUUAAUAACACUAUGUCGCUUUUUUUCCCUCACAUUCCUACUGAACGGAGCCAAGAUCCAUGCGGUUGUGAUAUUUCCAAGAUGCUACCCCAUUUCUGCGAAUCGAACAGCGAAACUGUGGCUCUCGAGCAGCUGGUGGAUCUCACUGUUGGCACCCGUGCCGUGGUGAGAUUUGUUUAAGUGCAAUUGCCAAAAUUGGAGAACAACUCUACCCUUAAAGGGUUGUGUUGCAAGAGUCAGUACAAGAGGUCGUUUCACACCCACUGUGGUUCCAUUUACCUUUUAGCUUUUUAUUUAAAGGAUUUGCAUCGGGGGGGGGGGAAGGUCUCUUGAAAUGUUAAUGUGGUACUGAACAUUGACCAAGAUCCCAGAUUUAAUCCCAGUUCUUAAAGAGGGAGCAGUACGUGUGUGUGGGACAGGGAGAGCUGCAGGUGGUUUGUGAGACUCAAGGGGAUGAAAUAUCAAUCAGGUUCUUCUUGGUGUGGGUGUGUGUGUGUGUGUGUGUGUGUGUGUGUGUGUGUGUGUGUGUGUGUGUGUGUGUGUGUGUGUGUGUGUGUGUGUGUGUCCAUGUGUGUGUGUGUGUGUGUGUGUGUGUGUGUGUGUGUGCGCGCAUGCAUACGUAUGUGUGUGUAAAUUGAGUCAAAGUUACAACAUAGACUUCUGAAACAAAGAAAACUAUGAGAUCUUGUCUAUCGUCAUGGAGAAAAAGCAUCUCGAUAGCUAAAGCAAACUUUGCUAUAUAUGUGCAUGUGUUUUUUGUGUUAUGAGAUAGAAAACGUGGUCAUGUGAUAUCUUCACUGGUUUGUUCAGCAACUGCCUAAUCCUCUUAGAAUGCUGUGUAAAUGUAGCAAUUUAUAUAUUUGGUUUCUAUGCACAAUUACAUGUGUGCAGUUCACGCAUUAAAUUAAAUGUGAAUGUAAAUGUGUUGCCAAAGUAAUGAUUCCACUGUCGAUUAGACUGCAAUGUGUGUAUUUUGAAAACGGUUCUGUUUUUCAAUAACCUUACGUUUCUCACCACUAUUGAUGGAGAUGGCAAAUACAACGUUGACCUGACCUGCUCGUGCAGUUGGAAUUGGUACUUUUUCUGAAAUGCAUUAAUUAUAAGAGUAUAUUCUACACAUUGUGAAUAUUGUAAGGGGCAUCCCAAGUAAUAUAAAUAGCUUAGAGAACCCUUCAUGCAGGACAUCACUGUUAAAACUGGCCUAAUAUUCAAUUUCUCUAGAAAAAAAGUCAUCUGUACUUCAUCAUUCAUACGUUCAUGAAUUCAUAAGUGAUAGGAGCAGAAUUAGGCCAUUCAGCCCAACAAGUCUACUCCGCCAUUCAAUCAUGGCUGAUCUAUAUUUCCUUCUCAACCCCAUUCUCCUGCCUUCUCUCCAUAACCCUUGACAGCUGUACUAAUCAACUAUCUAUCUAUCUAUCUAUCUAUCUAUCUAUCUAUCUAUCUAUCUAUCUAUCUAUCUAUCUAUCCAUCUAUCUAUCUAUCUAUCUAUCUCUGCCUUAAAAAUAUCCAUUGACUUUGCCUCCACAGCCUUCUGUAGCAAUGGAUUUCACAGAUUCACCACCCUCUGACUAAAGAAAUUCCUCCCCAUCCCCUUCCUAAAGGAGCGUCCUUCAAUUCUGUGGCUAUGACCUCCAGUCCUAGACUCUCCCACUAGUGGAAACAUCCUCUCCACGUCCACAUGAUCCAUAUAAGAACUUCCUCCCUUAAAUUAUCAGGAGUAAUUUAUUAACUAAAAAUGUACUCAUAAGGAACAUUGGUCCAUUUUUUGCGGAAUAGAUAUUAAGACAAAGUAACCUAUUUCAAAACAGCUUUUGAUUUGGGGUUUACAACAAAGCAAGGUCACCAUCAUUGAAAAGUCUGAUAUAAGCAGAGGUAUCUCUUGCAAUUAUUAUUUGGCACUAUUUUUGUUUGCAAUAAAUGUUCAUACUGCUGA